AUGGUCUUGGUGAGUCUCUGGUGUAUCCAACCAUGCCCAUCAGAUCGUCCAACAAUGAACAGAGUCGUCGAGAUGAUGGAAGGAAGUUUGGAUGCACUUGAAGUCCCUCCUAAGCCUUCGAUGCAUAUUUCGACGAGGCUUAUUUCCGAAUCUUCUUCGCUUGUCGAGAUGAUGGAAGGAAGUUUGGAUGCACUUGAAGUCCCUCCUAAGCUUUCUAUGCAUAUUUCGAUGGGCCUUACUUACGAAUCUUCUUCGGUUGUCGAUGGCAUAGAAGCUGGAUAA